UGUUCUUUCCUUUCCCGUGCACCCCCUCGGCUGCCCUCGCGCUCAAAACACUCAAAAUGCCAUUGUAUGAUCGUAUCCCGUUGUGUUGGCCGUGUGACCACCGUCGAUUAGACGGAUAGGCUAUCCGUGGCCAAGCCCCCAAGCUGAUACGACGGACUCUCCCGAUCCCGAUGGUAGUUUCUCGCCAGACAGCUUUCGCCUGACCACAACUCGUCGGAUCCGAGCAACCGUGCGUCGUCCGCGCUUCAAGAUGACGGGCACCGCAUCCGCACCAUGGGGCAUCCGGGUGAUGGAACGUCUACUCGGUCCGUGCUGUAGCAACCCUAAUCGCCGCACAUCCUACUACAGAGCCUUCGUCCUUGUCGCCACUUUCCUCGCCUACACCUGCUACCACAUGACACGGCGGCCGCUCAGUAUCGUCAAGUCGGUGCUGAACGAAGACUGCCGUUUCGUCGCGCCCGACCCAUCGAUCAUCGUCACCCAGAACACGAGCAGGACUUGGUGCGACUGGGCCCCUUUUGUGGGCGACGAGGCGCCACGCCUUUAUUCGUACCUGGACUCGAGCUACCUUUUCGCGUACGCGAUCUGCAUGUUUGUGAGCGGAUUUGUCGCCGAACGGAUGCACCUCCGCUACUUUCUGGCGCUGGGACUGCUGAUGAGCGCCCUGACGACGCAUCUCUUCGGGCUGGGCUACAGUCUGAAGAUCCACAACUUCGGCUACUACUUCGUGGUGCAGCUCAUCGGCGGCGCCUUCCAGAGCACGGGUUGGCCGAGCGUCGUCACCUGCGUCGGCAACUGGUUCGGCAAAUCCAAGCGGGGACUGAUCUUCGGCGUGUGGAACGCGCACACUUCGGUGGGUAACAUCGUGGGCGCGUAUGUCGCCGGGGUGUUUGUCUCCUCCAACUGGGGUCUGUCGUUCGUGGUCCCGGCGGCCAUAUGCGGCUUCGUAGGCGUCCUGGUUGCACUCUUUCUCACGCCGUAUCCAGAGGAAGUGAACUGUGAUCCGCCGCGCCGAAGUUCCACGUCCCUGCAGGCGUCUUUGUCUUCCACCGUUGCCACUGCCCCCAUCGCGGUCGAGGCUGAAGAGGAACCGCGGACGGAUUCCGACGAGUCGAGUCUCCUCCUUCCCGAAGAGGAGCAGCAGUACCUGCUCGAACGGAAGCUGAAGCGGGAAAGCGACAAGAAGGCCGUCACGUUCAUCCAGGCUCUGUGCAUACCAGGAGUCAUCGACUUCUCUCUGGCGCUGUUUUUUGCAAAGCUGGUCAGCUACACUUUCCUCUUCUGGCUGCCCUUCUACAUCCACGCAUCGACGACCUUUGACUCUGCCCACUCUGCAUUCCUUUCGACCCUGUUCGACUUCGGCGGCAUUGCAGGAGGCAUCCUGGCCGGUUACUUGUCGGAUCGGACAGGGGCUAGUGCCCUCAUCUGUGGAUUGUUCCUCACCGCGGCGAUCCCAAUGAUGUUCAUCUAUGAGGUCUUUGGAAGUUGGAGCCUCGGUCUGAACAUGUUCCUCCAGUUCCUGGCUGGCCUGUUCAUCAACGGACCGUACGCCCUCAUCACCACAGCUGUCUCAGCUGAACUGGGGACCCAUCUCAGUGUGUCGGGCAAUGCCAAGGCCUUGGCGACUGUGACGGCCAUUAUAGAUGGUACCGGGUCCAUAGGUGCAGCCGUGGGGCCCCUCAUAGCGGGGCUGAUUGUGUCAUAUGGUUGGAACACUGUCUUCUAUAUGGUGAUGAUUGCGGACCUGCUUGCCACAAUCUGCCUUCUGAGGGUGAUCAAGCAGGAAGUGGUACGCCUCCGAACGAGACGAGUAAUGUCACUGCAAUAAUGAUUGACCUUCCGCUGAGUGCCUCUUGAAGAUGUCUUCAGAUGCUUUAACUUAAAAGGAUUCUAGGUAUUUCUAUGUUGAGGUGUCCUACUGUAGAGUGAUUAUGACUACAACCAGAAAUUGUUGUGAAUAUUACUGACUGACCUUGACAACAGCAAUUACUGAGGUAACCUAGCCCCACUGCAUUGGAAGUAAGUCAGCUUUUGUUUUUUUAUCUGAACAUGCAAGACCCUUAGAUUCUCUAGUGUUAGUGACUAGUGAUGGAUCUAUUUUUUUUUCAUAAGUGUUGCUCUCAAAAUACUGCUUGGCAUACCAGAAUGUUUCAUGUGUGCAAGACUAAUAGUAGGGCUAGUCCCAUGGCUAUUACAUUUGACUUCAGCGUACACAAUUCACUUGAUGGUGCAUUAUAGGCUGCCAGUUAUCUCGAGUUUAUUUUAGCAAAUCGGAGAGGUCAGUCAAUUGUUGUAGCAGUGUACUUAUAUGUAUUUUUUUAUUUUCAUAGAGGAUCUGAGUGAACAGAUGAAUUUUUUCGUUUUGUUUCUGAGUUGCUAAAAUUCAAUUGCCAUGCAACUUUUGCUCAAGAUAUCUGCCUGCCAUGGUGGGUGAUGUGUACAGUUAUACAAAGGGAAGUAUGAAGAGUCCUCAUCUUGUUAAAUAUAUGUGCCUUUGAAUAUCAUACAUUUAUGUUUACAUCGACAAGAAGGCUGUGAUGGAUGGAUCAAUCUCGGCAUGUACAUAUAGACAAACUUACCUGUGCACCUCUAUCUUGUAUCUGUUUGAGGGAAUGAAGGGUGCAGUUUUCUAGUAGGAUACCUCAUUUUUUUAGGUGUUUUUCUUAGGGACAAGCUCAUAGUUUGACAACAUUUGCACAGCAUCAAUGUUUGUGUAUUGUUCACAAUCACAGUGCUGAUCUGUCCCUUUACUUAUGGUGGACAAGUUUGUCUGCCUGCUAUAUUGUACAUUAAAUGGUUGUGCCAUUGAAACUAUUCCUAUUUUUGUACAUUAAAUGGUUGUGCCAUUGAAACUAUUCGUAUUUUUGUAAAUAAACAUUUUUCACAUGA